AUGGCUCAUGACUUGACCGAAGCUAGCCGGGGGCUGGUAUCCAACAAUUGCAACCAGGAAGAUGGUGGAGUUGCUGUGUCGCAGAGAUGGGAGUCAGUAGUGGACGUUCCAGGAUGUCCAGCUGAGCAUUCUUUGCCUAACCCAGAGACCGCAGCGCCGCGUAACGGGAGCCCGCCGCCACUACUGUUGCAGAACGAGGACCUCAUAGUGUGGAUGCGCACCUCCGCCCUGCCCAAGUUCCGCAAACUGUACCGCCGUGUCGACCACAGCCGGGAGCCGUUCGCGGACGGUCUGCCCGCCGGCAACUACACGCUCUACGUCGAGUACAACUACCCGGUGGCGUCGUUCAGCGGCAGCAAGGUGUUCAUCGUGACGUCGACGACGGUGGUGGGCGCGGGCAACCAGUUCCUGGGGGCGGCCUACGUGACGUGCGGCUGCGUCUGCAUGCUGCUGGGGGCCAUGUUCGUCGCGCUCCACCUGCGCUACCGCCAGGCUGCCGCCUUCAUGGUCACCGUCGAGAGGGAGACGCCCUACCUCUGA